CCCACUCUCAUUAGUUCUUGACGUCUUUCAUCAAGGCAUGCUUGCUGGAGUUCCCUUGGUUUAAUUUUGUCCUCGUUAAGCUGCUAUACUUUGCAGUCCUUAUUCUCCCAAGCCCAAGGAUAUUGCUGAGGAUUGCUAAGAAAAUGUCUUACUUAUGUUUUCUGAUCCUUAUCAUAAAAGUCGCAGGACUUGAGGCCGCGCAGAUUGCUAAUCAAACGCCAAUUAAAGGCGACAAAACAGUUGUUAUCGCAGAAAAAUAUGCCUUUCACAACGACUUCGAUAAAUGUAUGAUCGAUCGAUGGACAAAUCCACGUCUUCCUGUGCUCAGGACCUCACCGACUGCUGCUUGUAACACAGCAAACCAUUCAAGAUUGUGUUAUGGCGCCCAAAAUCGUCGUCCGGAUAACGCUCAGUACAUCGCUUGUUACAACAUACGAAAACAAAUCCCUGAAUUUACCGCGUAUAUCGUUCCUCACGGUUCAUAUUCACGAAUUUGUGGCCGUUACAGACGACCACGUUCGUUUGCAAGAGACAGAGGACCGUACGCUCCAAAGUCCCAAGCAAAACAUAAUGAUUACAAAAAUACUGGAGGGAGGGGUGAAAAUUUUUGUUCCCGGGGUCAUCUUGUUCCAAGUGGAGUAUUCAACACCAAACAUGAGCGUGAUCUCACGUUUAUCAUGACCAACGUUGCACCACAGUGGCAACCUUUUAAUGGAGGCAAUUGGGCAAGCGUUGAACGAGCGGUGAAGGAUUACGCUACUUUUGUUGGGCGUGGUGUUUACGUUUUCACAGGAACAGCGGGUGUAGCGAAGAACCCUUCAACAAAAUCGCCAUAUGUUGUGGGAACUGGGAAAAUGGUUGUUCCUGCAUAUUACUGGAAGGCCGUCUGCGAUCCUGAAAUCAAGGAAUCUAUCGUUUUCAUUGCUGAGAACAAUGUAGAUGUGACGUCUGAGGCUAAAGUGGCAGCGGGAACUUGUGCAGGUCAAGCCAUGACCAAGAAAAGAGGUGUGAUCUAUUGCUACAGUGUAUGUGCGGCCCAAGUUUCCUACUUCCACAAUUGGUGGCAUGGAUCUACCAUUCCUGACUUCCAUCCGGUUAACUGUGGAACUGCCAGAAUGGGCAAUUUUCUAAAUACGUAUCUUAACUUUAUUUGAUACGCAUAAGCAAAACGGUAAAAGAACAUUUAAAUAUAGC